AUGGGCAUUUGUAGCUCUCAAAUGACCAAAAGAAAUGGCAACUUUCUCUCAUUGAGACCUACGGUUAUGAUCAUUCAUCCAGAUGGAAGCUUAGACGAGUUCAACGAGGCAAUCACUCCGCGUCGUGUACUCUCUCAACACACAAGUUGUUUUCUUGCAAGUUCGGAGUCAAUGUAUGUUGAUUCAAUUGCUCCUCCAAUUUCGUAUGAUGAAGAACUUGAGCUAGGUCAGAUAUACUUUCUUUUACCACUUUCUCAAGCUCAUAAAGUUCUUUCCCUUGAGGACUUAUGUGAGUUAGCUAUUAAGGCUAGUAUCGCACUUGGGUUCUCUAAUAUCAAAAGAAGUCACUCUAAUGUUGCCAAAAUUGUUGCUCAAGCUCGUAGCUCGUGUCGCGUCCUAAGUGGGCUUGAUGCCAUUGGUGCACUUUACCCACAGGCACGGCGAGGUAGCCGAAGAAUUGGGAUUUAA